ACAAUAAACAAUUGUUCGGCUCGGUGUAAGAAAAGAAUUUUGUCGUAUAAAAACAAUGUUUAGUGAAGUAAGGAAAAUAAGAAGGCUGGGAUAACGUCAUGGGCAGUUUAAAUAUUCCAGAAUGGUCUCCAGACCAAGUCGCAGAGUGGAUGUCAGGGUUGGGGCCCAAGGUGGCCCAGUACGUGCCAGAGCUGAGGGACAAAGGAUUGAAUGGAGCCAAAUUGUUAACAUUACGUUGCGACGACCUAGAGUAUCUGGGCGUCAACAUUAUAGGACACCAGGAACUGAUAUUGGAGGCGGUGGAGCAUUUGCGGAACUUUCACUACGAGUUGUCCCGGGAGUGCGUGCAGCAGCUGGCCGUGCGCGUGUCCACGGCCGCCGCGUCGCUGGCGCGCGCGCUGCGGCGGCACGCGGACGCGCGCCUGGAGACCCACUCGCUGGCCGACGUGGCCCGCACCGUGCACGCGGUCAAACCGCUCGUGUGCUGGCUGGACAGGUGGGCGCUGGGCGCGCCGCUGGCGCAGCGCAAGGCGGCGCUGCUGCAGCUGGCGCUGGAGGCGGCCACGUGCGCGCAGCGGGACCGCUUCGCCGAGCAGCCCGCGCGCGCCGUGGCGGCCGCGGCGGCGGCGGUGGCCGACGUGGCCGACUACAUCAUCCAGGAUGUGUCCGACCCAAUGAUUCUGCAACCCGCGUCGCUGGACGCCGUGUCGCUGCGGCAAGGCUCGAAGCCGCUCGGCUUCGAGGUGGUGCCGUCGUUCUGCGGCCACCACCAGCUGGCGGACAUCCGCUUCGCGUCGCCCGCCCACGCGUCCGGUUUGGUCCAUGAGGCUGAUGAAAUUGUGCAAGUGGGCGCGCGCUGCGUGCUGGGCUGGGGCGGCGCGGCGGUGGCGCGCGCGUGCGCGGCGGCGGCGCGCGCGGCGCCCGAGCUGCAGCUGCGCGUGCGGCGCCGCGGCGCGCGCGCGCUGCGUCCGCGCACCACGCCGCCGCUGCGCGCGCCGCGCCGCCGCGUACGGCACAGAUACGAACUGGACUUUCCCCGAACGGAGACCACCGCCCCCGAGAAGACGGUAGAGGCGGACACUGAGGCGACUGAGGCGACGCAGAGAGAGAGCCCGGCCUCGUCGUCGGACGAGAGCGAGCCGCUGUCGCCCCCCGCCUCGCCGACGCAGUUACACCUAGACACUACGAGGCUGUACGCGCCCGCGCCGCGGCCGGCGCGCGCGCGGCGCCACUCCGUGUGCGGGGGCAGCCCGCCCGCGCCGCGCGCGCCGCUCGCCGUGCAGGUACGCACCGCGCAGGUACGCGCCGCCCACCUGGCGCGGCACCGGCUCACCCGCUUCUGGCAGGAGCUGCAGCGGCGCCGGGCGGGCGGCGAGCCGGCGCGCGCGGCCGCGGCGCUGUACCGCCGGGACAAGGCCGUGUCGUGCAGCGCGGGCCUGCAGCUGUCGCCGCGCAACGCCCCGCCCCCGCCCGCCCCCGCGCCCGCCCCCGCCCCCGCGCCCGCCCCCCGCGCGCGCCUGGACAAGAGCCACUCCACGCCCGCCUACGACCGCGACCUCGCCUCCGAGCCCGGGUCACUGGCAGCGCAGACUAUUCCCGAGUCCCCGACCACCCCGGGCAGCGACAGUCCGACGCUUCAUUUGGAAAAAGCGGGUCAAAUACUGGACUUCAAGAAGUCCAGCUCGCAAAUCGAGGUGGCCAUCUUGCAGCAGCGCACUCGUCGCGCGCUGGCCGACGACGACGCGUCCGACGCGCCCGAAACGUUCGACGCGCCCGACGCGCCCGACGCUCCCGACGAGCGGCCCGACGCGUGGAGCGACGGCGACCGGUGCAGCCCGGCCGCGCAACCGGAGCUCGCGGAGGCCGUGAACUCGCUGCUGGGCGGCGAGCCCGCUCUCAAGUACCUCAAACCGCGCAUAACAGAGCGUUUUCCCCCGAACGCCCCGCCGCCCCCACCACCCCGGCCGCCCCCGCGAGAACCGCUCCCCCCUCCGCGGGAAGUGUUCCCCCGAGAGCCGCCGUACCGCGAGGCGUUGCCGCCGAGAGAGUGCUACCCCCACGGCGACGUUCCCGUGCCGGUGGCGCGCGAGCUGUGGGAGCCGCUGCCGCGCCGCGAGCCGCGGGAGGAGCCGCCCGCGCCCGCACCCGCACCCGCAUCCGCACCCGCACCCGCCCCGCACGCGCCGCACGCGCGCAUCAGCAAGAGCGACAUCCAGCUGGUGUCGCCGCCGCGGCAGAUGGCGCCGCUCAACGGCUCGCCCGAGCGGCGCGAAGACGUGGUGGCGGCGGCCAGCGAGCAGGCGCACGCGGAUCUGGCGGCGCCCAAGGCGCUGUCGCCGGGCGGCGUGCGCGGCAUGUUCCCGUCGGCCAAGUCGCGCAGCCUCAAGAAGAAGAACUCCAUGCUCGCGAAGCGGCGCGCGGUGCCGGCGCGCUCGCUGCUGGCGCGCGGCGCGGCGGGGCGCGUGUGGCAGCGCGUGCGCGCGCGCGGCGCCGCGGCCCCGCGCUGGGCGGCGCGCCACCUGCUGCUGGCGCACAACACGCUGUACGCCUACCGCUCGCCCGAGGGCAGCCGCGCGGACUGCAUGAUCUACCUGGAGGGCUUCACGGCGUGCGCGGCGGGCGAGGUGAAGUCGCGCGCGCACGCCUUCAAGGUGUACCACACCGGCAGCGCCUUCUACUUCGCGUGCGACUCGCGCGAGGCCAUGCUGGCCUGGAUCCAGCUCAUCCACCGCGCCACGCUGCUGCCGUCCGUGUCCGGCGCUGCGAUGGAGCUAUCGAAACAGUUUUCCGAAACAGACUAUUCAGAAACCGAAUCGGACUCGGAAACAUCCGAACGGAGAAGCGAGAAAGAGAGAGAACGCGAACGUGAGCGAGAAAAAGAUAAAUCAAAAUUCGGGUCGCUGAAGAAGCUGACGCAUCGCGCCAGUCGCAGCGAGUCCCAGGAGAACGUGAGCCAGGCGGCCGCCACUAGCCUCGACAGGAAGUAUUUGAGGUUCUUCUCGCGAGCCAAGCCCAAGGAUGACACCAAAAACGGCAAGAGCAAGCCGUCGGGCGUGCCCGUGCCCACGGAGCACUACCGCAGCUACCGGCGCGCGGCGCCCGACGCGCCGGCCGCGCCCGCCGCCAAGCCGCAGCCCAUCAACUACAUCCACGCGUCCAACCCCAACCUGCUGGACUUCGACGCCAGCGCGCUGGCCCGCCGCCCCGCCAGCGCGCUGGCCCGCCGCCCCGCCGCGCGCCUGCGCGCGCCCGCCCGCCGCGCGCCCGAGCCCGGCCUGCUCACGCUCGAGGCCUUCAUGCUGCAGAAGCAGGCCGAGGAGCGCCGCCAGCUCUACAGCAACCGCGUGCUGCUGGGCGUGGAGCGCGCCGCGCCCGCCGCGCCCGCCGCGCCCGCCGCGCCCGCCGCGCCCGCCGCGCCCGCCGCGCCCGCCGCGCCCGCCGCGCCCGCCGCGCCCGCCGCGCCC